AUGGAUGGACAAGGUGCCACUCGUCCGAAUGAGUCCUUUCAAGGAGAAUGUGAGAUUGCAGGUACUAUUUUACCCGUCCUUUUUGAUACUGGAGCCACGCAUUCAUUUAUUUCUAUGGAUUAUGUGGAACGUUUGAAAUUGUCUACUUCCCCUUUACCGUUUGAUUUGAUGGUUACCACUACGGCUGACAAAAUUGUGACAGUAGAUACUGCUUGUAUGCUUUGUGCUAUAACUAUUCUAGAUAAGAAGUUUCUCGUUAAUUUAAUAUGUUUACCCCUGAAAAAUCUUGUUGUCAUCCUUGGAAUGGAUUGGUUAUCAUAUCACUACAUUAUGUUGGACUGUGGCCGUAAAUUGGUGAUUUUUCCGGACUCAGGUUUGGCUAAAUUCUUAACUGCAUAUCAUGUCAAAGUUUCGUUGAAAGAUGGAAAUCAGGAGUACACGGCUUUGGCUAGUGUGGAAGUGACAAAUUGGAAUGCAGUGGAGGAUAUACCGAUAGUCAAGGAGUUUGUAGAUGUUUUUCCGUCUGAUGUUCCAGAAUUACCUCCAAUAAGGGAGACAGAAUUUUCCAUUGACCUACAUCCGGGAACUGGCCCAAUCUCUAUUGCACCUUAUCGCAUGUCUCCCUCAGAAUUAAGUGAACUUAAAGGAUAG